ACGUACCGUUUUAUAUAUUUUUAGUUUAUAGUGACACCGAAUAAGUUUUUCAAAAAAUAAAAUAAACCGAACGCACGAUUUUCAUUCGUAAGCGUAAGUGGUCAAUUGGGUAAAUCGCUAAACGACUAUAGAAGUACUUAAUUUAAAAAGACAACCUGCGGAACGUCAUUACCGUUAGCGUUUUACCGCAGACCUGUACGACCAUAGUGGUGGAACAAGCUGCAGAGUGUGUUGUGUUAUUGUCGGUUAUCCCGUCUGCACGUCUGCAAAGAAUUUUGAAUGGAAAAUUCACGGAGAAAGUAAAAGCCGACAAAAGAAACGACGAAGAAAUGACGAACUCUCUCUGCAAAUCGUCUGUCUUGAAGACCUAUCAAGAAGUCAUAUCCGAUGUUAUAACACACAUCAGGGAGCAAUUUAUCGAGGAUGGUGUGGACGAAACUGUGAUACAAGAGUUGAAAAGUUUAUGGGAAACGAAACUGGCUGCUACAAAAGCGGCGACUCAACUUUCGCAGGAGACCGCUGACGUAGAGAAAAAUAUCGGUGCUAGUUCGAAUGCUGCAAAAUUGCAGCAGCAGCAACAACAGCAGAACUACAUCAGCCAAAUCCAUCAACAACAAAGUCGCCAAAAGCAAAUCAAGCAAACCAACACUCAGUUACCUCAGGCGAUCGCAUUUCCUGAGUGGCGACGCGUACCAGUACAGCUAACCAUACCCUCAGCGCCUGGAUCGAACGAGGAUUCAAGGAUUUUGGCUAUUGAGGUGCCUGAAGUGUUCUUGCAAGGUCAUCACUUAAAGUCGAUCUUAACAGGGCCGAUAAUAAGUGCCACUAUGAAUUUACCAAUACCAGCAGCAACUGCGUACUUACAAGAUGAAGUCAACAAUGCGUUUCUCAAACACCAACAAUCAACAAGCGUUAUUAAUAUUAACAUGGGUGUCAAUCCUUCUAUAAUACAAACCGACGGUGCUUUAAGUCCAUCGUCGUCCUGGAACGACGAUGACGAUGAUGUUUCCAUUAUUAAACGGUGUAUAUCUUUUAAGGAAUCCUAAAAUGGCGCAGCGACAAAAAAUAAAACAGAAAAAACCUCCUGAAGAUGCUGACAGUGCGUCAAUCGAAACUGCCGUCACAAAACCCUCCCAAGCUGAGCCAACACUCGCUGUGCCUAGUGUAGCGAGCACAUCGGAUAGCACCCCUAGUGACCUAAAUGAAGUGACAGAAGCGACAGAAUGUGACGAUCAACAAAUUACUCACUAUGAACAAGUUAUUAACCCGGAAUCCUUACCGAGACCAUCAAUAAAUCCGGAUAAAAUGUUUGCUAGUGCAAGAUAUUUUCACGACCUUCCGCUUAAACCAAAAAGCAGAUGGCCUUUUUAAAAAAAAAAUUAAAUGACAAAUUAAACAUUCUGCUUUCAGUUCCAGGCCUAAGAAAUUCUCAAAAUCAGUCAAGGUCAGCAAUUUUUAUUAGGAACUUGAAUCUACCAAUUAAUUUUAAACAUUAACAAAACAAUAUUUUGUUAAUAUUAUAUUUAACGUUUUAAAUUAGCUUUUAUGCCUUGAUAUGGCUGUGUUUAAAUACAUUGUAGAUUUUUUUGUAUUUUUCAGGGUUAGUUUAAAAGUGCUGUAUUAUUAAAUGUGUGCCAAAUAAAAAAUUCUUUUAUAUUAUUAUAUCCGUGUGUAUUUCUCCUUUUUCCCACCAGUUGAAUGAGGAAUAUUAUAUUCCGGGUAACAAAGUUAAUAUAGUUUUUUUGUUCAUUGUUUUUUUAAUCAACAUUCCAUCCGCUCAAUAAUGAAAGUAUUUCCGGACCAAGAAUAUUUUCGGUUUAUUUAUUUAUUUAUUAAUUUACCCACAGUAUUUACAUGAAACCAAAUAAAAGGCAACAAGUACAAUAUCAUCACAGCGCCAAAACUUCCCGGCCUGAAUAUGAGAGAAACAAAGUAGUGCCAUAAAAAUGAUUUACAAGCUUGAAUAUAUUUUCUAGAAUUAGUAAUAUUUUAUUAUUAAGGAUGACGUUUCUUUUGUUUAAAAAUAAUUUUGAGAAUACAUUUCUGUAUGAUAUUGAGCUUAUAAAAGAAACAAGAAUCCCGUACCUAAUUAGUGAUUAAACAAACGCUUUAUAGACAAUCACAAGUUUUUUAUUUAAAAAUUCUCUUAGAAGAUAAAAUUUGUGUAUGAAUUUACCAAUUUUAUUCCUUAAAUAAUCAAUAUGUGAUCCCCCUUUGAGAUGCUUAUCUAUCAUAAUACCCAGUUAUUUUAAACAAGAAACUUCCUCUAUAUCAUAACCAUUCAAACAAACACUUAUUCAGACCUACUUGCUGCUGUUAGAGAAAAGGCUAUUUAUUUUGUUUUAGUUAUUUUCAAUGUUAGUUUGUUAUCACCACUGAAAACAAGAACAGUGUCUUCUGCGUAUGACGCUUGGCAAUAAAGGGUUUAUAUAUGUAAUAUAAAGUAUAAGUCCUCAGACCUUACCUUGCGGGAC